AUGAGGAUCAUGCUGGUUGGAAAGAGCGAAGACAAAAAAAGACUGCUGGGAAACAUUAUCACUGGAAAAAAAGAGUUUGGCAUUAAAAGUAGUCUAACUAAAGACUUUCUGGCAGCCAGUGGUGAAUGGAACAGAAACUCAAUAACAGUAGUGAAUUGUCCAGACUUGUUCAGUCUAUCUGUGGAAUCUGUGAGACGAGCGCUGAAGAAGUACAUGAGUCUUUGUCCUCCUGGACCAAAUGUCCUGCUGUUAGUGAAACCUUCGGACUUCUCUGAAGAGAACAGAAAAACUCUCAAGUUCAUCCUGAGUUUGUUUGGUCAAGACGCCUUUAAACAUUCAAUGGUUGUCAUGGCGCAUAAUGAAAACGAGAAUAACACAGUGCAAAGACUAAUCCGAGAUUGCAAAGAAAGGGUGCACAGAUUUGGUAUUGAUAAAAAAGAUUUAAAAAAAGACAGAGAAGAACUGAUGGAGAAAAUUGAAAAAAUCCUGAGUGAGAAUAGAGAAGGAUAUUUAACUUUAAAUGAAGAGGCAGAACUUCUGAACCUGGUGUUGUGUGGUACAAAAGGAGUUCAGAAGACCUCAGUAAUCAAUGCUAUUCUGGGACAAAGAAAGUUUGAUCCACCUGCCAACACAUCAGAAUGUGUUAAACAUCAGAGAGAGGUGUGUGGACGUUUGGUUUCCCUGGUAGAUCUGCCUGCCUUGUAUGGAAAACCUCAGAAGGAAGUGAUGGAAAAAUCACUUAGAUGUAUCUCCCUCUGUGAUCCUGAGGGUGUCCAUGCCUUCAUCUUGAUCCUACCCAUGGGUCCCCUCAGUGAUGAAGAUAAGGGAGAGUUAGAGACCAUACAGAAGACAUUCAGCUCUAAAGUUGAUGACUUCACCAUGAUUCUGUUCACUGUGGACUCAGAUCCUACAGCUCCAGCUGUUGUGAAGUUUCUAAUGGAAGACAAGCAAAUCCAUGAUCUCUGUGAGAGCUGUGGAGGAAGAUUUGUUGUUCUCAACAUGAAGGACAAGAAAAAUGUUUUAAGCAGUGUAGAAAAAAUUACUCAGAAAAAAGGCAAAUUGUGCAGCUACACAACUGAAACAUUUACAUAUGCACAAAUAGAAAAGAUCAUAGAAAAAGAGAAACAGAUCGCUGAUUUGGAGCGUGAACUUAACGACCUGAAAACAAAGACUACAGUAAGCUAUGAUGAAGAGAUUAAGAGUCCAGACUGUCUCAGGAUUGUGCUGAUUGGAAAGACUGGCUGUGGAAAGAGCACUUCAGGAAACACCAUUCUCGGAAGAAAAGAGUUUACAUCAGAAACAUGUUCAACCUCAGUCACAAAAUUUUGUCAGAAAGCACACAGUGAAAUAGAUGGUCGUCCUGUUGUUGUGGUCGACACUCCUGGAUUGUUUGACAGCAGUUUGACCUAUGAAGAGGUUAAUGACGAGAUCACAAAAUGUAUCAGUCUUUUGGCUCCAGGACCACAUGUCUUCCUACUGGUUAUACAGAUUGGCAGAUUCACACCAGAAGAGAAGGCAACACUGGAACUCAUCAAAAAGGUAUUUGGAAAAAAUUCUGAGAAGUUCACCAUUGUUCUUUUCACAAGAGGAGAUUCACUGGAACACGAGGAACUGACAAUAGAAGAUUACACACAAAAAAAAUGUGAUCAUUCCUUGAAGAAGCUGAUCUCUGACUGUGGAGGAAGAUACCAUGUGUUCAAUAAUUAUAAUAAGCAAAGUCACUCACAAGUGAAUGAGCUGAUCACAAAAAUUGACAACAUGGUGAAGAAAAAUGGAGGUAGCUGCUUCACCAAUGCGAUGCUGCAAGACGCUGAAGCAGCAAUAAAGAAGGAGAUGCAGAGGAUUCUCAAGGAUAAGGAAGAAGAGAUGAAGAGACAGCAGGAAAAGCUUCAAAGUACAUAUGAGGAAAGAAUCCAGUCCAUGAAAAAAAGAAUGGAAGAACAGAAAGCAGAAAUUGAUCAGGAAAUAAAGCUGAGAGACGAACAACUCAAAAAACUGCAGGACAGCAUCCGCAUUCAGUCUGAAGAGAGGAAGAAAGAACAAGAAAUUAGAGACGAAGAAGACAGGAAGAAAACAGAAAAGGAACAACUUCAAAGACAGGAGUGGCAACAAAAAAUGCAAGAACUGGAAAAAAGACUAAAAUCAGAGUCAGAAUCUAGGGAAACAAUUUAUAGAGAUCGUGAAGUGUACAGAGAAAAAAUAAGAGUGCAACAAGAAACUUGGGAGAAGGAAAGAAAAGAACUGAAAGAAAAACGUAAACAAGAAGAUGAACAGAAAGAAAAGAAAAUCAGCGAGCUCCAACAAAAUUACAAACAAGAAAAAGAAAAAAUUGAACUAGAAAGAAAGGAAAAAGAAGAUAAAAUGAAAAGAGAACAGGAAGGGAAGCUUAAAGACUUGGAGGAGAACUAUCAGAAACAAAUUGAGAACAUGCAGGAGAAGUUUAAAGAAGAGGCCAGAAAAAAAGCUGAAGAAUUCAAUGAUUUCAAAGAAAAACAGGAGAAUGACUUUGCAGCACUGAUUUUAAAACACAUUGAAGAGGUGAAGAGUCUGAAGGAGCAAUAUGAGACUGACAUGCUGGAAAAGAAGAAGGAAUAUGGAAGAUUAAAGAAUCUGUCAGAACACAAAGAAAAUAGUCUAAAGGAAGAGAUGGAUGACCUGCUGGGUAAACAUAAAGGGGAAAUGGCUGAGUUAAUAGUGAUACUCCUGACUCAAAAGAAAGAAAACAAGGAAAAACUAAAAAAACUACAGAAAUCGUAUAGAACAGAGGUGGAAAAGUAUGAAAAAAAACUUUCAAAAGAGAACCAAGAAGAAGAGAAGGAAAAAAUUGGUAAACUACAGAAGAAACAAAAAGAGGAAAUCAAACAUUUGAAAGCAAACCUAGGAACUAAAAACAAAGAGGAACAGAAAACACAAAGAAACAGGCUGUCCAUCAAACAUGAACAAGAAAUGUCAGAUAUGAAACAAAAACUCUUAGACCAACAACAACAAAGAAAGAAGGAAGAAUUCUAUAACUUACAAAAAGAACAUGACAAAAAACUGAAGGAAUUUAAACAAGAGCUUCUAGCUGAAAGUGAAACAAAUCAGAGAGAAAAAAUGGAUGCACUAUACACCAAACACGAAAAGGAAAUGGAUGAAUUGAGAAAGGAAUGUGGGAUGCAAGAUGAAGACAGUAUCAGAGAAGAAAUGGAUGAAAUGCAGAAAAAACAUUAUAAAGAGAUGAGUGAGUUGAAAGAAAAACUUUGGACUUCAGAGGAGAAACAGUCCUGCUUCGUCUCAUAAAUAAAACUGCUAAGUCAAAAAAGAGAGCUAUUUUAAGCCUGGAAGAAUGCAACACAUAACAAAACUUAAACCCAUGAAUUGUUUUCUUUGUCUUUUUUACAAUCUCUUGUAACAUCAGGUAAUAUCACUGUCAUAGAUACAACUUGGCCAACUUUCAAUCUGUCCUAAAGAGGGAAGAUAAGUUUAGACAAGUCCUAAUUUGAAAUUAAAUAAUUUCACUAAAUUACAUGGUCUGUUGGUACAAUUAACUGCACAGAGUCAUAUUAUUUUAUUUUAAUAAUAUUUUAUUUAAAAUGUUCA